GCGCGCUGUCACGACAGAGCCCCAGGAUGGCGGACACCGAGGCUCUGGGGUUCGAACACAUGGGCCUUGACCCUCGGCUCUUGCAGGCUGUCACCGACCUGGGCUGGUCGCGGCCCACGCUGAUCCAGGAGAAGGCCAUCCCGCUGGCCCUGGAGGGGAAGGACCUCCUGGCUCGGGCCCGCACGGGCUCGGGGAAGACGGCCGCCUAUGCCAUCCCUAUGCUGCAGCUGCUGCUCCACCGGAAGGCGACUGGCCCGGCAGUGGAGCAGGCUGUGCGUGGUCUUGUCCUUGUGCCCACCAAGGAAUUGGCUCGGCAGGCCCAGUGCAUGAUUCAGCAGCUGGCUGCCUACUGUGCCCGAGACAUCCGGGUGGCCAAUGUCUCGGCCGCUGAAGACUCCGCCUCUCAGAGAGCUGUGCUGAUGGAGAAGCCUGACGUAGUGGUGGGGACCCCAUCUCGCAUAUUAAACCACUUGCAGCAAGAUAACUUGAAGUUGCGGGACUCCCUGGAGCUGCUGGUGAUGGAUGAAGCUGAUCUUCUCUUCUCCUUUGGCUUUGAGGAAGAGCUCAAGAGUCUUCUCUGUCACUUGCCCCGGAUUUAUCAGGCUUUUCUGAUGUCGGCUACUUUUAAUGAGGAUGUACAAACACUCAAGGAGCUGGUACUGCAUAACCCGGUUACCCUCAAGUUGCAAGAGUCCCAGCUGCCAGGGCCAGAGCAGUUGCAGCAGUUUCAGGUGGUCUGCGACACUGAGGAGGACAAGUUUCUGUUGCUGUACGCCCUCCUCAAGCUGUCGUUGAUUCGGGGCAAGACCCUGCUCUUCGUCAACACUCUGGAGCGCAGUUACCGGCUGCGCCUGUUCCUGGAGCAGUUCAGCAUUCCCACCUGCGUGCUCAACGGCGAGCUCCCCCUGCGCUCCAGGUGCCACAUCAUCUCACAGUUCAACCAAGGCUUCUACGACUGCGUCAUAGCAACUGAUACUGAAGUACUGGGGGCCCCAGUCAAAGGCAGGCACCGGGGCAAAGGGCCCAAGGGGGACAGGGCCUGUGACCCGGAGGCAGGUGUGGCCCGUGGCAUAGACUUCCACCAUGUGUGUGCUGUGCUCAACUUUGACCUCCCCCCCAACCCUGAGGCCUACAUCCACCGAGCUGGCAGGACAGCACGUGCCAACAACCCAGGCGUAGUCCUGACCUUUGUGCUGCCCACGGAGCAGUCCCACCUGGGCAAGAUCGAGGAGCUUCUCGGUGGAGAGCACGGGGCCCCCGCCCUGCUCCCCUACCAGUUCCACAUGGAGGAGAUUGAGGGCUUCCGCUACCGCUGCAGGGACGCCAUGCGCUCGGUGACGAAACAAGCCAUUCGAGAGGCAAGGUUGAAGGAGAUCAAGGAGGAGCUUCUGCACUCGGAGAGGCUGAAGACAUACUUUGAAGACAACCCCAGGGACCUCCAGCUGCUGCGCCAUGACCUGCCUUUGCACCCUGCCGUGGUGAAGCCUCACCUGGGCCACGUCCCCGACUACCUGGUUCCUCCUGCUCUUCGGGGCCUGGUUCACCCCCACAAGAAGCGGAAGAAGCCGUCCUCUAGGAAGGUCAAGAAGGCGAAGACCCAGAACCCACUGCGCAGCUUCAAGCACAGAGGAGAGAAGCGCAGACCCACGAGGGUGCUCUCCUGAAGUCGGCCAGGCAGCCUCCUGUCUUCCCGGCCUGAGCACAGCGGGGAAGCUGGCUUCUCCCAGACGGACUGAAUUCCUGCCUGGACUGCUGGCCCAGGUUCCCAGGCAGCCAGACUCUGUGGUCUCCAGAUCCACGGGGCUGCCAGGCUGGCCUUUUGUGCCUUAAAGACAAUAAAGAUUCCAGCUGCCUAGGCUCUGGCCUCCUGCUGGUAGGAAGGUGGCCUGCCACCUGAACCAGCUCUGCCUGCUGCGUGCAGCGCUUGGCCAGCAGGGGUCAACCGUGCAGCGCUGCUGCCUGGGGCCUUCUGGCCCUGGGAGCCGCCUGCACUGCCCAGGCCUCUUUCCAGCCCACACCUGCCCUGUGACCUCUUCAGGGUCACGCUGAUGAUUUUCUGCUCUGAAGCUCACAAUGGUAGUUUACCCUCAGGGAAGACGGGCCUUCCUCAUUUGGAGCCUGCUGCCGCCCCCAGUGUGGUAGGUUCAGCGCUCCCCUCGCCACCGGGAACAGUGUCCUAAGCUCCCGCGCGGCUCUGCUCCCACCCGCACUGUGUGCGUGUUCUGAGUGCACACAGUGGGGGGCGAGGUGAUGGACCCACACGCAUUGCGCUUUGCACUCUGCUUGGCCGUGAGGGCCUGACACUGGGCCCCCAGCUCCUGCUGCCUGGUGGAGGGGCUCUGCUGACUGCCCUUGAUUGUGUCCCUCACCCUGGGAUCACCUCCACCUGCUUGUCAGGCCUCACGAGGCCAGGCUGUGGGGGGAAGACCUGGGGUGGGCUUGGGGGCCCGGAGACAGUCGGGAAGGUCUGACGGACCUGAGUUUCAGAAGGAAAAUCUGGCCGUGGUCUCAGCACAGUGGGUGUGCACAGGGGCGAGGCUGGGCGUUUGGCGGUCAUCGGGUGUGGUAGGACUCAGCAUUGGAGGGACAUUGGGUUUGGGUCUCAGCGUUCCCUGCUCUGGUUCUGUUGGGAGGAUUUUCAGGGAUCCAGGCUGCUCACAGGGUGCCAUCCCCACAUGGUGAGGCAGCAGCCAGGACGGCGCCCGGAGCCCAUGUGUUCCUGGGGCUCAGGUGCCCUUGGAGCAGCAGUCACUGCGGCCGAGUAAGCGCCUGCUGGGUUCCCUUGAGUGUGGAUGGCACAGCCUUAGGCCUUCCAGGCGGCGAGGAGCCGAGGCCUGGACCCCGGGACACAGCUGCUCUGCAACAGGAUGCAGCCUCCUGUUUCCCUGCCCUUGCCCGUGAGCCUGCGUCCCAGAACCAGGGCAGAUGUGGGAGACUGGGCACCUGGGGCUUAUGCAGUGAUGUUCCUUCUUGAAGGGGACUGCUCUGGGCUGUGUCCCUGCUUGGGGCUGGGCGGAGGCCUGGGGGCCCCGCAUUCCCCGUGAGUUGUUGGCCCUUCCGUGCUGAGCCUUCUGGGAGCGUCCUGUGGGAGUGGAGGCGCAGGAAUCCCUGGCAUUGAGGUCGCCGCGUGGGGAAGGUAGGCAGGGCCUGGAUGUCAGCGGAGGCUCGCACUGGUGCCUGGGCUGGCCUGCUGUCCACCCCACCAUGGGGCAGGUGCCAUCCCAGGCGCUUUGGGAGCUGGUCACGCCCAGGUACCUUCCUGAGAUGGAGCAGUACCUGACACUUGGCAGGGUCUGAAUUGGCCAGGCUGUGGAGAGUGUGCUUGCACCCUGAGUUCACAGAGGGAGGAUGUCCAGGGGCCCAGGCAUUUCAUUCAGGCCCCACAUGGCUCUGUUUACACAUGAGGAAGCGCCCUCAGGUUGGACGUGUCUGAUGCUGAGCUUCUGUCCUUGGUGAGCACAUGGAGGCCCCUGGGCCUGGAGCUGAGGGCAGGGCCAGCCUGCUGUAGCUCCACCGACUGGGCAGCGGAUGAGCCUGGAGGUUUCCAGGCUGGUGCACCGGGCCUGGUGGCAGGGAGGUCAGCGCCGUUCAGUGAGUGUCUCCGCUGUGGCUGGUGUCACUCUCAAGCCUGGUCUGGGUUGUGUGAGAGGCAGCCAAUCAAUGUGUCUGU